AACCACGUUUUGCCGGUUGGCAGGGUAGUACCAGUGCACUAUCUUGACAAACACACAAGUCUGGCACCAGAUGGUGCAAUGAGAGUGAAAUAAGAAGCUCUUUGUCUAUUGAACCCGAUUUAAGUUCAUACGGACGACAGAUACUUUCCAUCAAACAAGAGUUGGAGAUAGUCCUGUGCAGACUGGGAUUGAACUAUGCCUCCGAAGAAAAAGGAUGAUGGGGCUUCAGCCAUACCACCUCUAAUAGGUCGUCUUGGAACCAAUCUCAAGAUUGGCAUUGUUGGUCUGCCAAAUGUAGGGAAAUCAACAUUUUUUAAUGUAUUGACCAAAAGUUCCAUCCCUGCUGAGAACUUUCCAUUUUGUACGAUUGAUCCCAGUGAAAGUCGUGUUGCUGUACCAGAUGCUAGAUUUGACCAUCUUUGUCAGCACUAUGUUCCAGCAAGCAAAGUACCAGCUUAUUUAAAUGUAGUGGACAUCGCAGGACUGGUGAAGGGUGCCCACGAAGGUCAAGGGCUUGGAAAUGCUUUCUUGUCAAAUAUCAACGCUUGUGAUGCGAUCUUCCAUUUGACACGUGCAUUUGAUGAUGAAGAAAUCGUCCAUGUGGAGGGGGAUGUAAACCCAGCUCGAGAUUUACAGAUUAUCCAUAACGAGCUCCGACUAAAAGACCUUGAGUACCUAACCAAGCAUCUAGAAGGACUGGAGCGUUCUGUCGUCAGGGGUGGCAACAAGCAGGGCAAAGCUGAAUAUGACUGUCUGGUGAAGGUCAGAGAUGUACUCAAUGCUGACAAGUGGGUGCGACAAUCUUCAUGGGAUAACAAAGAGAUUGAGAUCUUAAAUGGACACCUAUUCCUGACCUCCAAACCUGUCAUAUAUCUAGUGAAUUUAUCAGAAAAAGAUUACACAAGAAAAAAGAAUAAAUGGUUAGUGAAAAUAAAGGAAUGGAUUGAUGCUAAUGACAAGGGUUCCAUUGUGAUCCUGUUCAGUGGGAUACUGGAGUCUAAACUGAUUGACAUGGCUGAGGAUGAACAGGAAGCUUACCUCAAGGAGCACCAAAUCGUCAGUGCACUAGACAAAAUCAUCGUCAAUGGUUACAAGGCACUCAAUUUGGUGUACUUUUUCACAAGUGGGAAGGAUGAAGUCAAAGCAUGGACAAUACAUAAACACACUAAGGCCCCACAAGCAGCUGGACGAAUCCAUACUGACUUUGAGAAAGGCUUUAUCAUGGCUGAAGUGAUGAACUAUGCAGAUUUCAAAGAAUUUGGAUCUGAAAGUGAAUGCAAGGCCAAUGGAAAGUAUCGUCAGAAAGGUCGUGACUAUAUGGUGGAAGACGGCGACAUCAUACUAUUUAAAUUCAACGCAGGAGCAGGAUUAUCUGACAAAAAAAAGAAGUGAAAGAUAUUAUCAAAUAUUCCAGCUGCUUAAGGAUUCCUUUCUUCAUUGCCUUAGUUACUAUGACAACACUGCCUGCAGUUGAAUUUCAGGACCACAGCAUACAAGUGUCAUGUAUGUGUGACAAGGCAGUUGAGAAGGAUGUGGAAGUCUUACACCAUAUACCCUGUCAUUGUGAGGGGACCAGAUCGUGAUUAACAGCCAAAAAUUCUCAACAAUUUCGAUAUCAAAUCCUGGAAUCAUUGCAAUUCUUUUAUUAUGAAUUAUGGAUACUAUAUAUUUUAAGGAUAUUUUCCUGUUUGAAGGAUCUUUCAACAGUUUUCCCAUCUUUGUGUUACAUGCAGUGUUUCAGUUCCAAAUCUGCUUUUUUCAAUAUCAUGAGUUAAUUAUUUUCCUUGGGAUGCUAAAGUGCACUCAGUUUUCAUGUUUUAGUUGUGAAAGAAAAACAGAAAAAAAUGAGUUAAUGCUUAAAAAAAGUUUGCUGAGAAAAACUUCUACAGUCAAAAGUGUUCUGGAGUUAGUAUCAGAAUGGAAGGUGAAAAUAAGAAAUAAAAUUUGCUUUUAACAGCUGUAAAAAUCUUUGUACUAUACUAUUGUAUAUCAUUGCUUUGAUGAUAAAGUUUAUGUAUUGUCCUGCAGCAUUUAACACAUCCAAGGAUUUCACUCUUAAUAUAUGUAACCGACGUGAUAUCGUCACCGGUUUCAGUAAAAUAUUAUUUUCAUGUGCUAUGGGUUGGCUACUAUUUGCCAGUAGAAAUUACUUGAAACCCAUAAGAAAGUAAAUUGAACACGCUUUAGGCAAAUUUUGUCAACACAUAAAUAUUCUUGCAGACCCAAGUUAGAUUCUGUCAAAUUUCAGUUCUUUUGAAACUGCAGAGAAUGUGGAGAAGAUGGUUGUUUUUAACUGAUAAAGUGUAUUGGUUACUUUUGGUUAGUAUUACAUCUGUUUAUAGUUUAUCGUGUCAUGUCUGUUUCUUUACAAGAACACUGGACAAUAUUCCACAGCUCAAAAUUACAAAUUAUUCCAAAUUCCACUGUCUCAAGUGUGAGUGCAAAAUAUGAAACCAUUUCAUUCAUACUUUGCUACUUGAGAAAGAAGUGAAGGAUUGGUGUUAUUGGAAAUACCAUACAAGUUUAUUUAUUAUUACUAUUUUUGUUUGUUUGUUUGUUUGUUUGAAGUAUUGCUAAAUGAAUGGGGUACAACUUGUGGAAUCUGUUGGAUAUUUAAAUGGCAUAAAGUAAAUCCUGAAGUUAUCAAUAUUUACUUACAGAUGUGUCUCGUGGUGGCCAUUUGUAAUUUCUCAAUACACAUUACCAGGUAGUUAAAUGUACAGAUUGAAAGCAUGAAUUAUGAACAUAAUGGAUUAUUACAAACCUGAAAUUAUGUGAUGCCAUUAUGUAUGUAGUAAAUUGAAAUAAAUUGAAAUCAAUUCAAGAAAA